AGAGAGAGAGAGAGAGAGAGCCACAUAAAUAUUAUCCCCAUAAUAUCAAAUAUUAGACAAAGAGACCAUAAUGGCAUUAUCCUUGUCUUCCACAACUGCAAUUACAUGCUCCAAGCUCCAUGACAAUUCAAGCCUUCAAUUCAACCCCUCAAACACCUACAAACGAAGUUCAAAUGCAGUGAACGUCAAAUGUGCAUCGACAGAGCCACCGGCAGCAGGGGCUGGAUCGGCGGGGAGGAAAUCCAAGCUUGAGAUAGGCUCUCCUAUCAUCGUAGUUGAGGCUCCAAGAAUGAUAAAAACCGCAGCAUCGGUUCCAUGCCUCAGGGUCAACUCCGGCUUGGUCAAACCCGGUGAUGUUGGAAGAAUUGUGUCAAGAAAGCCUAAGGAUGUGUGGGCAGUACGGCUUUCAAUUGGCACUUAUCUCAUUGAUGGCAAAUACUUCAAGCCCUUAGAGUUAGAGCUUGACUCAUAGAUGUUGUAUUUUUACCUACUCAUUUCAUAGUGCCACAAAUCUCUGUUUUAAUUCCUUUUCCAUAAUGUUAAAAGGAAAACCAUCUGAGACUCUUCCUAGUACGCCAAAAAAGAAGAGGGAAUAUUUACUAUUCUUCUAUCUCCUAAAUGUUCUUCGCUAUCUCGUGCCUUUACCAGGAAUAUUUGAUAACUUUGCAAGAGAGAGUGUAUACCAGUCUUAUUUAAUACACGUUGUUUGCCCUUUUA